UCUUCCUACUCUAACUGCCUCAAAAAUAUAUAUAAAUAGAAUUAAAAACGAUCUCCACAAUCACAAAAAGAAAACGUUUUGAAGCUCAGAUACCAGAAAUGGCGAGAGAAUCCCCGCUGCAGGGCGACCUCCUUGAAUCCAUCUUCUCGCACGUGCCAACUAUAGACCUGUUAUCAGCCUUACACGUGUCGAGAACGUGGCGGCGCGCUGUUCUCUCCUCCAUCCACCGACGCCCUAACCGACCUUGGUUCUUCAUUCAUUUCCUCAGGCGCCGCGGUCACCACCGCCGGCGAGGACUCUCCGCCGCCUACGAUCCCCAUUCCCAAUGCUGGUACAUCCUUCCUCACGUGACUCCCCCGCCCCCCAUCACGUGUCCCUUCCUCCGCAUCGCCGUCCCCUUCCAACCCCUCGCCGCCACGUGGUCCCUCCUCCCCCCUCCUCUCCUCCAUCGCAACGACGCAGUGAUUUCCCUAGUUAACCACACUCUUAUCAUCGCCGGCGGAGUUUGCGAGCUCGGCGACCGCACGUGCGCCGUCGAGUCCCUAGCCCUGGACUCCGCCUCUUUUGAAUGGGAGAACUGCGAACCAAUGCCGGAGAGCCUCCGCGAAUCGGCUGCCGCUACGUGGCUAGCCGUAGCUGCAUCAAACAACCGACUGUACGUCGUGGAGCGCGGCGACCCCGGCCGGCUUGCAUGGUUCGAUCUGGCGCUGGGCCGGUGGAGCUCGCUCCGCCGGGUGAGAUUGAGCAGCAAUGUCCUUUCGAUUUCAGCAAUAGGGAUGGGUCCAGAUGCCCUAGAUGGUGCAGAUAGGCUGAUCGUCGUUGGAUUGAUGGAUUAUGGGGCAUUAGGGAUUUGGGAGGUGGAGCCGGAUAAGUGCGGGAUUCGAGAAAUUGGGAUGCUGCCGCCGGAAGCGGUGGCGCGAAUCGCCGGAGAGGGUGGCGAGGGGAUGCCUGCUGUGGGUUUUUUGAGCUUGGGCGGAUUUGGAUUCUUGUAUGAGUUGGAGGGAAGGGGGGAGGUGUUCGCAUGCGAGUUCGGGAGCGGAAAAUGGAAUUGGGAAGGGAUCGGGUGGCCCCCGGUGGUGGAGGAGGAUCCGACCGCCAUGGUUGUGUUCGGGUGCGCGGUGCCGGCGGUGGAGGAUCUGAUAGCGUCUUACGGCAAAGUGGAAGGUCGUGAUCUCCGUUGCAAUCGUUGAAGUUGGAUUGUCGAUUGUCGCUGGAGAGAA